AUGGCUAAAUUAUCAUCAAAUUGGAAGAAACUAAGUACUAAAUUACAAAAAGAUACUAAAAAAGGAUCAAUUCAAAAGCCAAAAUCAAAAUCAAAACCAAAAUCAAAAUCAAAGAAACAAUCAUCAACGAAACCAACUGAGCCAGUAGUACAUAGAAUUGGUUAUAUUGCAUUAGCUAAUAGACCAACUACGACUACAAAUCCUCAUCCUCCUGUUGAACAAAAACAAGAAUUAGCAACUCCUUUAGAAUAUGCAUUAUGGACUCAAUCAGAACCAAUUGAUGUAAAAUCCAUACCGACAAUAUCAAAAGCAUUACCAAUAUCAACAAAUUCAAAAUCUUAUGAUUUAAGAAAAUCAGAUCCUGGUAGAUAUAUUUCAUUAGAUUGUGAAUUUGUUGGAUUAGGACCAGAAGGAUCGGAAUCUGCAGUUGCUAGAAUUUCAAUUGUAAAUUAUUUUGGAGUUGUAUUAUUUGAUUCAUUUGUUAAACCACAAGGUAAAGUAACUGAUUUUAGAACUUGGGUAAGUGGAAUUGAAUCAUUUCAUUUAAAAGAUGCUAUUGAUUUUAAAAAAGCUCAAGAGAUUACAGGGAACUUAUUAAAAGGUAAAAUAUUAGUUGGGCAUGCUAUUAAAAAUGAUUUAGAUAUGUUAUAUUUAAGUCAUCCAAAAAGUAUGAUUAGAGAUACUUCAAAAUUUAAAAAAUUUAGAGAAAUUGCUGGUGGUAAAGCUCCUAGUUUGAAAAAAUUGGCAAAAGAAUUUUUAGAAAUUGAUAUUCAAAUUGGUAAACAUUCUUCAGUUGAAGAUGCUAGAGCAACCAUGUUGUUAUUUAGAUUAUUUAGAAAAGAAAUAGAAAGUGCAAAUAAGAAAUAA